UAUAUAAUAUAUAUAUACAAUACACACAAAACAGAGUUGUAGAAAAGUGUGCCAGGCGUGGGAGCGAGAUAGCAUUGGCCAAAGGGCAGCGCGAUAGCAAAAAGCUUCUGAAAAGCGUUACAAGUAACAGCAGGCAGCAGAAGGGCUGGAGCGCGAAGAGAGCAAGAGCAAGAGCCAGCGAGCGAACGCGAGAGAAAGAGAGUGAGAGAGAGUGGAAGAGGUGGCAUGUGGAUAGCUGCAAGCAGGCAACACCAGCAACAUCAGCAACAGCAACAGCAGCAACAGCUUCGUCGCUGCUGAACUUCGUUAGCUGCUUUCAGUUUUACUUUUGAGCUGCUCGCGUACGGACGUUACGCGUUUAGCUUAACGAUCCAAUAAAAUAUAAUACAAGAAAGAAAAAAAAAACAUACACACACGUGCACAGACACACACACUCACACACACACACACACACAGAGAGAGAGAAAGACACACGCCUAUAAACAUUAAGCUGAAGAAGCUUGUUCGCCACUUUCGCGUCUGGCUCGAAUCUCAUUACUCUCUAUGCACUAGUUCACUGGCUCUGGCUCUGGCAAUGGCAACGAUAACAACAACGGCAGCAACGGCAAUAACAACAGCAACAACAACAGCAACAACAACAGUAACGACAACAACAGCGACAGCGACAGCAGCAGCAACAGCUUUGCUUCGAAGCGUCAACAUGCCAAAUUAUUUAUAAAACGCAGCCAAAGCAGAAGCAACUGGUAAAUAAGCAACACUCAGACACUCAAACAGUCAGUCAGUCAGUCAGUCAGUCAGCUAGCUAGCAGCGAAGCUAGGCAUGGCCAAGUGAAUGUGAAAGCGAGUACUCGCACUUUUUUUUCUUGUUAUUGUGGCUGCAACCGCAACGUUUUGCUACGAUAUUACUCAUACGCAGCGUUGUAUGCGGAUAUAAAAGCAAAGGAAAGAAACCGCAAAACAAAUCUGAUACCCAACGCAGAGCAACCACAACAACAAGCAUUCAGACAGACAGAUUAUAAAGUACAUACUUUAUAUACACACGCACAUACGCACACAUCAACAAACACACACACACACACACAGAACAACACUCUUGGAGCGAAAUACAAAUAUAUAUUUUACGCGCGCUUGUGUAAACGUUAAAAGCUUCACAGCUUUGGGGCCGACAAAAUGGUGCAAACAACUGCAGAUGGCGUCGACUUCAAGGAGCGGCUCAUUGCGAGCGUCAAGAAGGAGGUGAAACAACUAAUGGAGGAGGCGGUCACCAAGAAGUACGUUCAUGAGGAGAGCAGCUCGGUGACCUCGCUCUGUGCCGCCGUCGAGGCAUGCCUCAGUCAGGGGCUGCGGCGACGUGCUCUCGGCUUGUUCAAGACAUCAUCGACCACCGCAUUGUUGCAUAAGAUUGCCAAAACAUGCGCCGAGGCGGAGCACAUUAGCAAAAUGGUACAGGAGAUCGAGUCGAAUGAUCCCAAUAAGCGUUCGUCCUCGAGCAGCGACAGCUUCAAUCGACCACCGAUGCUCAAGAAGGGCAGCAGCAAUUCAAUGUCCACAGCCACAGCGACGACAUCAUCGACAGUGACCAGUUCAGCUUCCGCUUCGGCAUCGAUCUCGGUCUCCAUCAGCGCCAGCAAUUCCAGCAUGUCGUUGGCCAAUAUGAAAUAUCUGUGGAUACGCUUGGCUCUCUACGAGAAACGUUUGACCAAAAUCAUCGAAUAUUUGGUUAGCAAUGCUCAGAGCUACUACGACCGCGAUUCCCUUGUUGCUGAUCCCGAUUAUGGCUCCAUUCUCAGCUCUCUGCUCGUGGGUCCUUGUGCUCUGGAGUUCACACGCGCCAAGACAGCCGAUCACUACUGGACAGAUCCGCAUGCCGAUGAGCUGGUACAACGACAUCGCAUCAGCUGUCGUCGAUCAUCAUCGACUUGUUCGCGACCAGCUAUCAUAAAUUUCAAGCGCAGCUUGAACACCAGCUCUGACGAUGCCAGCAGCUGUUCGUUCAAAUCGAUUGCGUCGGCCAGCGUGGCCAAGGACUAUGUGGAGUCGCUGCAUCAGAAUGCAAAGGCCACACUGCUCUAUGGCAAGAACAAUGUGCAUGUCCUGCCCAAGGAUGUUGCCGAACUGAUGCCCGGCUAUCUCAGUCUGCAUCAACACAUUCAAACGUUGACCAUCAAAUGGACACCAAAUCAACUGAUGAAUGGCUACAACGAGGCCGAGGAGGAGGAAAUCGACAAGGAAGCCUUCUGGGCAUAUGCACUCAACAUCAACGUCGAUGAAAUCGUCUAUGUGCAUUGCCAUCAGAGUCGCGGCGAGGACAGCGGCGGCACUGUCAUCCUCGUCGGUCAGGAUGGCGUUCAACGUCCUCCGAUACACUUCCCCGAAGGCGGACACAUGCAGCAGUUUCUCAGCUGCCUGGAGACGGGUCUGUUGCCGCAUGGCCAGCUGGAUCCUCCGCUGUGGUCACAACGGGGCAUUGGCAAGAUGUUUCUCUGGCCCAAGAGCAUGCGUCGACGCAUUCUGCCCUCGGUCAUGGAGUCUGUGGAUGAGACACCCAUUGAUUAUGUAUUUCGCAUUGUCAGCAAGAGUCGACACGAAGAGUUUGCUGCAACACAUUCGAUUCUGGACUUUGUUCGCAGCACGCCAAGACGCGCUCAACUGAGCAGCUGCUCCACCACGGGCAGCAGCGAUUGCUCCAACAAGAGCUUGUCCAUCGAUCAGUAUCCGCUGGAAUCGCCAUUGCUGCAACAGCACAACCAGAGCACCAGCAUCGAGAUGGUCUGCUCCACAAUGCGUCGUCAGAUCAUCUCGCGGGCCUUCUAUGGCUGGCUCGCCUAUUGUCGGCAUCUUUCCACAGUGCGCACUCACUUAUCGGGACUUGUGCAUGGACGCAUAACACCGGAGAUGAAAACCGAUGAGGAAGGUCUGACCAAGGAGCGCUGGGAGCAGCUAAAUGCGGAUGGCAUGCUAACGAACUCGACAGAGUUCUAUCGCCUCAUCUAUUUUGGUGGCGUUCAGCCGGAGCUGCGCAAAGAUGUCUGGCCAUAUCUGCUGGGACACUAUGCGUUUGGCACCACGCAGGAGGAGCGACAGAAGCAGGACGAGACGUGCAAGCAUUACUACGAGACCACAAUGAGUGAAUGGCUGGCGGUGGAUGCCAUUGUGCAGCAGCGGGAGAAGGAGAAGACGGCACGAGCGGUGGCCAAGCUCAGCUCGGGCAGCAACAGCGGCAAUGAGCGCACUGUGCGUGCCGCUGAUCUCGAGGCUGGCGGCGAACUGGAGAACGAAGUCUUUGAGGAUAUUUCGGAUAUUUCCGAUCCAGGCGAUCUGGAGUUUGAUGACGAGCAGCGACAGCAGCAGCAACAGCAACAGCAAAGCCAGGAGGCAUCUUCAGCGGUCAGCGCUACGCAUCUGAGUGUUAAGCCGAUACCACGAGCAAUGAAAACGAGCACAGACUCCGGACAUGUGGACGAAGGACUCGAUGAGCUCGAUGAGGAGGAGGAGGAGGAGGAAGACGAAGAAGAGUUUGCAAAGAAGCCAGAGGAAAAACAGCAGUCCGCAGACGAAGCUGCUGCACUCGAUUCAAAAGCAGUGUUCGAGAAGGAACCACAACCACAACAACAACAACAACAGCCAAGCUGUUCAACUUCGACGGCAUCCUCGUAUGAAACGGUUGGCGGUGCCCCACAACCGAGUGAGUCUCGUGGCGUGCUCAGUCCGGAGUUUCUAAGCGCCGAUGAUCUGCAGGCUCAGUUACCUCAUGACGAGGACACUGUGAAGUUAACACAGCAGGCAGCUGUCAUCAUAACGAACGCUUCUGUAGACAUUGCCAGCUGGGAGCGCACUACGAAAACAGAUGGCGAUAAUCAAAUGCCGCCACUUACCGAGCAAUUGGAGAGCACCGGAAGUGCAGGCAAUAUGGAUGCACUACAGCAGCCAAAGUCUGCCUGCGCCUCGCCGGCCAGCUCAAAUGGAGGUGUAUAUAGCAGUGAACUGCUGGAACAGUUCGGUUUGAAUCUGCAUCGCAUUGAGAAGGAUGUGCAGCGUUGCGAUCGCAACUAUUGGUACUUUGCCAACGAGAAUCUGGACAAGCUGCGCAAUGUGAUAUCCACAUACGUGUGGGAGCACCUUGACAUUGGCUACAUGCAGGGCAUGUGCGAUCUGGUUGCUCCACUUCUGGUUAUCUUCGACGAUGAGUCGCUCAGCUACAGCUGCUUCUGCAAGCUCAUGGAGCGCAUGAUCGAGAACUUUCCCAGCGGCGGUGCGAUGGACAUGCACUUUGCCAACAUGCGUUCCCUCAUUCAAAUACUCGACUCGGAGAUGUACGAUUUGAUGGACUCGAAUGGCGACUACACGCACUUCUACUUCUGUUACCGCUGGUUCCUCUUGGACUUUAAACGCGAGCUCAUCUAUGACGAUGUCUUUGCCACCUGGGAGGUCAUCUGGGCGGCCAAGCACAUUGCAUCCGGACAUUUUGUGCUCUUCCUGGCGCUGGCGCUGCUCGAAACCUAUCGCGACAUCAUCUUGUCCAACAGCAUGGACUUUACCGAUGUCAUCAAGUUCUUCAAUGAAAUGGCCGAGCGACACAAUGCUCAGGCGGUCCUUCAGCUGGCUCGGAGUCUAGUGUUGCAGCUGCAAAUGAUCAUUGAGAACAAGUAGAUCUAGUUGAGGAAAGAAUCCUAUAUAGUGUAUAGAAUGUGUAGAUGCAUCCAAAUAUUGUAGACAUACUAUAGACACUUUAUCUUUGUUUGCCAAAACUCCCUGACAGCCACAGAUUCCCCAUCAAGAGGCACAAAUCCGAACUGUAACUGUAACUGUAACUGUAACUGUAACUGUAACUGUAACUGUAACUGUAACUGUAACUGUAACUGUAAC